GUGUAGAAUGAUCGUGCUCUGGCAGCAAUAUCUGGGAAAUUCCCGCUAUCACUUUUCUUUUUUAUGGGGAUGGCCCAAUGGAAUUUUCCACGGAUAAUUUUAAGAUUAAGUUCUAUAUCUAUGGCAAAACAAACGAUCAUGAUACACUCAUCUUCAGUACUUUCUUCGAACUCGAAAGUCGAAUAAGUAACUUUGUGACUUUGAAAGGAAUUAGGGAGGACAUUUUGUGUUAACACAUAACAUUCGCUCGAUUUCGACAGUGUGGCUUCAUUAUGGCGACCGGAGGAAAAAAGCGGGGACAGAUCGUCAAAGAACUGACAGCAAAGGAGCUUCCUCCGCGGAACUUCGAGUUGGUCAGCUGUUACAAAACUGACAUGGAAAACAGCGGUCUGGACCCGAAUAUUUUAAAAAGUGCCAUCGUGGAUGUCAUUGUGAAACUUCAGUUCGCGUUGCUGGCAUUUGCCGCUUGUGGAGAGUGGGAAGAUCGGAAUAAAAUAUACUACAUCGGGUGCGACUCUGCAGCAGUGCUGCGUAAUAUUGAGAACACGUUUUUCAAGCUUCGCCUCUCGUGUCAGAAUGCCAAUGAGUACUCAAGUAGUGGGUACUGUUAUGCGGCAGAUGGUGUGUACGACUUGGCUCAGAAGAACUUUGUUUUGGCUAAGAAGGAGAUGGAGAAGUGCUGUGGGCAGUCUACGAAUAAAUUGUUGACCAAGAUCCAGGAUGUCUGUAAGAAGAUUAAAAUGCUGCGAACUCAGUACGUCAACAAAAGGCAAGAGAUGCAUAACGAUUUCGGAAUUCUGAUCAUAAGUAAGAAGGAGACACUUGAAGAGGAAAGAAAAAAAAAAGACAAAGAGUUUGAGGGGAAGUAUGAGAAGUUUAAUUCAGAGAUAAAAAAAUUACGUAACAAAUGGUUCAGAAAGGACACUUAUACCAAAUUAGCAGAUUAUGUGGAGAGCGAACGGUCACAGUCUGAGAAAGACCAACUGGCCAGUAACGACAAGUUUAAGAAGGCCAUAGCAUCUCUAGACAUUGAGCCAGAUGAGAUGAUCUGCCAAGACCCUAAGGGCCGGGCACUCAAUGGUGCCAUCCACGCAUUCCAGGCCUUGGAAUUGUAUCUUAAUGUGCUCCAGGGCCUGCUGACCUCGUUCCAGGCCCACUCUGAAAAUGCCAAUAAUAACGAAGUCAUUGGUUUGGGAUAUUGUGGUGACCUCCAGAGCCUCAUCCGGAAGGAUUCUUCCCGAAUCGAGAUCAUAACUGGCUACUGUCGAUGGAUAGCCCUAGGGGACCUCUUCCAAGAGUGUUUAGGUCGAGUCCAAGACCACAAUAGCAAGUUGGGUGAAGAGCUGAUGGCUAAUCCAACACAGGCAGAAGCUCAACAGAAAUUGAAGGACGAGGAUUGGGCCGAGAAACGCACUCAGUUACUGAAAUCGCUUGAAAAGCCUGACAGGUUGGUUGAACCUCCAUCAGGCUAUGACGCAGUGGUAAAAUAUAUGCAAAGCAUUGAUGAAACGCCGGGCACUGACGAAGAAACAGAUGACGACCAAUCAACACCGAUAGAGCCAGCUACCUUUGACCACAAGAAUCGAAUACAGGCCGCAGACAUCCAAAAUCUAGGUUCCGACAGAGGCAAACACGUGAGGCGUGACCCUGGUGACAACCAGCCGCCUCGAGAACCGCUCCGGCCAGAUACACUGGACCUGCUGGUGCCCCCUGGCCCUUCGCAAGUUUUCCUGUCUGCUUUCAUAUUAACGCUGCUGGCAGCUGCGUUUAUUCAGUGGUUACUUUCCAAAAAUAACGAUGUUGGUUUACUGACAUAGGGAAAAUAUAUUAUUCCCCGUUUAGCCCGAAUCGGAAAGUGUGGCCACUGCGGACCUUCAAAGAACAUCUCAAACCUGGCUGGAUGUUCCUUUUCCUGAGAAAGGCCACUGGUUCUAUUUCCUGUCGCGAUAUAACUUUGGAUAGCUUUUAGAUGUGAUUAUCGGUGCGGUAAGCCUAUAUAAACAGCCUUAACUGGGGUACCUUUAACCGCAUUAAGAGGUCAGUUUCGCAUCCAUAUAUUCCUGUCUCACACCAUACGCAAUUUGUAUUCUUCCUCGUCGGUUACAAACCAUAUUGCGCCCAUUCCUUACCAAGAGUAGAGUACACUACAUUUCCCUUGAGCUCGAGGUAGUUGGUGUUACUAUAGAACAUCUGCAUGGUGUGCAUGUAAUGUCCGAUGGCCUCCCUGGUCGCAUCCAGGUCAGGGGUGGAACUGGCCAGCAGAGAGUAGAGGCUGAUACGGAGAUUCUGGAGGAUAGUGUUGCCUGAAAAAGUUACAUAAAGAGUUGACCCUAUGCACUAUGAUUUCGGCUAGAACUUGAAAUUCAAAAGCAAUUAGAAUUCUCUUAAAACGAAGUGAAUGCCAACAUCAAGAGUGGCAGUAUGUUCUUUGUUUUCCAGAGACAGCCUACCAAGUUUUUAUUUAGCAUUCACUUAAUUUUGAAGGAGUUCUAAUUGCUUUAGGAUUUUAUGUUCCAGCCAAAAUGGUGGUACCAGUGGUCAUUGAACUCUUCUUUCAAUCGAUUUGAUGUUACGUGGCUAUUUUUUUGAUAUUGACCAUCAGGCUGGGGUAGACUGACUAAUUGUUUUUACAAGAGAGUUCAGUCAACUUGUGGCCAUAACUUUUUAUAAGGGGGGGGGGGGGGGCGUGACCGACGGUCGGACUAGUCUACCAUAUAUGUUUAUUGCACCGGCCAAUAUAUACUGAUAUACACUUAAUGUUUACACAGUGAUAUGCUUUUGAUGAUAAGAUUUGUUUAAACAAGAAGUGCUUGCUUUAUUUGAUUUUGGCAACGUGAUCUUUUGGGACCAAAACUUGGACUCUGAAAACGGAGGGCCAAAUUCAUAAAGGGUGUUUAAGGGUUAGACGUGUGUAACUUCUCUCUAAUCAGUUUCAGGGCCUAUUCAUAUUCUGUGAAGAUUUACAUGAAGGACCUGAACCUGUCUAUUCAGUAGUUAAACACUGUUUUGAGCUAAACGCCCUUUAUGAAUUUGGGCCUUAAUGUUCUUAGAUUACUUUUGUGUUUAUAGGAUUCAGACAAUAAAUGAUCAGUUAAUUUUUGAA